GUGGGGGAGUGUUUGUCAUUUUGGGAUAUUGUCAGGCAAAAAUAAAAGGCUUGUGUGGGCGGACGAAAGUUCCACUGGUCGAGUAGACUCCAGUCACGUCAGACCUGUGUCUCUAGCGGGCUUCAACCCCUCACAACACUUGUCAACAUGGAUAUGCUGGAUGAGGAACAGAUUGGCGCCCUCCAGAAGGCGUUCGACUCCUUCGACACGGAGAGCAAAGGCUUCAUCACCCCGGAGACCGUUGGUGUCAUCCUCAGGAUGAUGGGCGUCAAGAUCUCCGAGAAGAACCUUCAGGAGGUCAUCGCUGAGACUGAUGAAGACGGAUCUGGCGAGCUGGAGUUCGAGGAGUUCGUGGAGUUGGCCGCCAAGUUCCUCAUUGAGGAGGACGAGGAGGCCCUCAAGGCCGAGCUGAGGGAGGCCUUCCGAGUCUACGACAGAGAAGGAAAUGGCUACAUCACGACGGACGUGCUGAGGGAGAUCCUGCGGGAGCUGGACAACAGGCUGACAGAGGCGGACCUGGACGGUAUUAUUGAGGAGGUCGACGAGGACGGCUCCGGCACCCUCGACUUUGAUGAAUUCAUGGCUAUGAUGAAUGGUUAAUUCAUUCACCCCUCACUGAGGCUGUCUUUAUUUUCUUAUUUAAUUUUUCUUACUUAUAUUUUUUAAACUUGACAUUUAUUUGCUUCUUAUUUGUUUCUGUAUGAUUUACCCGUUGAUCAAUCUCUUCCAAUUUUUUUUUUUUUUGUUUUUGUUUCGACUUACGUGUUUGUUUGUUAUUGUCACGUGUUUAUGUUGCUGCUAACGCCUUGUUUGCACGCUUAGUUUACACCUAAUCACAUAGUUUUGUCGCUUAUCCUUGAACUAGGACGCUUAUCUAUGAGCUAGGAUGGUUAUCCUUAAGCUAGGAUGGUUAUCCUUGAGCUAGGAUCGUUAUCCUUGAACUAGGACGCAUAUCCAUGACCUAGGAUGAUUAUCCUAUAUCUAGGACGCUUUUUCUUGUGUCUCAAUGCUUAUCCUUGAACUAAUCACUAGCGCAAAUGCUAAUCCUUAUUCUAACCACUAGACUAGGAUGUUUAUCCUUAAGAAAGACGCUAAUCUAGGAUGUCUAUCGUUGUAUUAGCCACUAGGAUAUGACGCCUAUCCUCGUUAGUCGUUAAGCUUCCAUAAUCGCUUGUACCUGAACGAUUAACAAUGACUGUGGUUGCUAUACCGUCUUAGGAUAGUCAUGACUAAACGUCAUUAUAUCAUUUUUUUAACGUUACUACGUCGUUGCUACAUUAUUUUUGUUUAUUAUUAAUUUGUUUGUCAUUCCCUUUCGCCCUUAUUUCCCACCUACCAUUGGUAAACCUUUUUUUUAAUGUUCUUUUAGCAUUUUUUUUUUUUUAGUUUAAAUGAUGUUAUCGUUAGCAAGAGACUAUAAAUAUUUUCCAUCUUCUUCCAUCCAGGUCUUGUAGGUCAUGUUUUGGCUCCUUGAAAGAUUUCUUGUCCUUGAAAGAUCUUUCAUUGGUGGUAUGAUAGUCGUAAGCUAUUCCAUUAUAUAUAUAUAUAUAUAUAUAUAUAUAUAUAUAUAUAUAUAUAUAUAUAUAUAUAUAUAUAUAUAUAUAUAUAGGUCCUAGCUUUAUUCCAAGACUACAGUUAUAUUUCGAAACACCACUUGCAUUCCCAAAACCAUUCCCAGAAGCUUUUUUCAUUCCCCAAACACGCUUGCUUGCUUGCUUGCUUCCUUGCUUGCUUGCUUGCUUUCCAAACCCCCCCUUGCUUGCUAGAUUCACACACCCCUUUGCCUGCUGCAUUCCUCAAACCCCCCUUGAUUGCUUCAUUCCCAAACCCCCCUUGCUUGCUUCACUUCCAAAUAUCUUUACUUCCUUCAUUCCCCAAGCCCCCUUGCUUCCUUCACUGUGACCCUAUAUUAUUUGCUGAGAAUCUUUGAUUAUUCUCAGGAACUUUAUUUUAUUUACGUAUAUGUGUGAUUUUUUUUUUUGUUUAAGUGGCCUCUGUCAGCUCCCAUACAAAGCCUAUAUAUAUACGUCAUGCGCCGCUCUGCCACACAUGGCAAAGUCAGCUAAUAAACAAGAUAUAGAAAA